ACACAACAACAUAAAAAUAAAAAAGAACUACAUGGUCAGAUAUUUUCUUAGAUAUUUUGAGACAAUUUUCUGUGUUCUUGAAUAUCGUGCUUUCACCAUUGCUUUAAUUCUCGCUCAAAAACAGUUGAUCCAAAAAUGCAACCAAAGAAAUUGCUAUCGCCGUCUGCAUUUUACGGGCAUUCUCUUUUCUUUCUUUUCUUCCAUUAAUAAAGGUAUGAAAGCUUCUCCAGAGGUCACUGAUUCAUUACAGGGUCAUGCUGAAAGUUCAAGUCAAACUAAUACAAGACCCCUUGGUACAAGUGACAUUGGACACUUUGGUGUUGAGACAAAUGUGACAAAUUAUGACCUCAUGAACCCAAACAUUGCAACCACUUCAGGCACAAGGGAUAUUAGGGAUUGUUUGUCAAGCAUGCCUUUAAAUCCUGAAAGUGUUAAAGCUAGGUUUAAUAAUGAACAAGAGAAUGAAGAUCUUCCUAAAGAACAACCAUCUGACCAGUUAAUGGAUAGUAACAUCAAUAAGAGGUUAAAGGUAUCAAGCUCAAUGAACUUCUCUAAUUUCCUUUUUAGGCAAUCUAUAAAGGGAAAAGGGUUUUUGUGCAAAAGUUCAAAGAUCUCUAAUGAGCACAAUGUUGCAGAAAUGACAAAGAAUACUGAAAAUAAAGAUUUCAUGGGCAGAAUGAGUUCUAAUGGAUCAUUAAAGUUAAGUGAAAUGACUCUUGAUUUCCCUCAAGAAAUUGCAUACAAAGGGAUGAACUUGAGGAAGUGGCUAAAACACAAUUCUAUACAAGUGAAUAAAGCUGAGAGGUUGCAGAUAUACAGACAGGUUGUUCAGGUUGUUGAUAUGGCACACUCUCAAGGAAAUGCCUUGCAAGAUUUAUGGCUUUCAAAUUUCAGUUUGUUGCCAUCAAAUGAGAUCAUUUAUUUUGAUUCUUCAACAAAUUACGAAGCAAUAAAUAGUUCUCAAAGUAAUAGAAAACAUAUUCAACAAGGGAGAGAGUCAUACUCUGUAACUAUUGAACUUGAAAAAAAAUGGUAUGCUUCUCCAGAGGAGCUCUAUGGAGUGGAAUCAUUAUCAGCAAAUAUCUACAACCUUGGUGUUCUCUUAUUUGAGUUACACUCCUCAUUUGCAUCAUUAGAGAUGCAUUCUGCAGCAAUGUUAGAUUUACAAUACCGGAUCCUUCCACCAAGUUUCAUUUCUCAAAAUCCACAAGAAUCUGCCUUCUGUCUUUGGCUCCUCCAUCCUCACCCUUCAUCUCGCCCAACAACAAGGGAAAUCCUACAAUCUGAGUUAUUAAGUGGAACCAAAGAAUUUUACUCCAAGAACACUUAUUCUCCAAUUAUAGACAAGACCGAAGAUUCCGAUUUUAAGAUUCUAUUUAAUUUUCUAGUUUUAUUAAAGGAACAAAAGGAAAAACACGCGUUGGAGUUAUAUAAAAACAUCCAGUUGUUAGAAACCGAUAUCAAGAGUUUUCAGCACGUGUAUUAUGAUUCAAAAAAUAUAUUCGAGACAAGAAUGAAGAGAAACAUGAGUCAUCUUGAAUGUGCUUAUUUCAGCAAGAGGUCCCAACUCCAACUUUCUAAUUCUACCACUGCCUCUAAUGACCGAAAUGACCUUGACCUGUUAGGGAAUCAUGAAAGGUGCUGUGAUGAUUUUUUAAAGGGUAUAUGUAAGUUUAUAAGAUAUAGCAAGUUUGAGGAAUGUGGGAAUUUAAAAAUCGGGAAUCUUUUGAAUUCUGCAAAUGUGAUAUGCUCUUUGAGCUUUGAUCGUGAUGAGAAGUACAUUGCUGUUGCUGGUGUCUUGAAGAAAAUAAAGAUUUUUGAAUUUGUUUCGCUUUUAAAUGAUUCUGUUGAUGAUGUUAAUUAUCCUGUUGUUGAGUUGGUUAAUGAUUCGAAGCUUAGUUGUGUUUGUUGGAACAAGUACCUCAAGAAUUAUUUGGUGUCAGCUGAUUAUGAUGGUGUGCUUCAGGUGUGGGAUGCAUUCAUUGGUCAAGGGUUAUCUCGUUAUAUAGAACACCAAAGAAGGGCAUGGUGUGUUGAUUUUUCUCGUGUGGACCCCACGCAAUUUGCCAGUGGCAGCGAUGAUUGUUCAGUCAAGUUAUGGAGCUUAAACGAUAAAAAAUCAACAUGCACAAUCAGAAGUGCUGCGGAUGUGUGCUGUGUACAAUUCUCUCCAUGUUCUUCACAUCUAUUGGCUUUUGGAUCUGCUGAUUACAAGAUACAUUGUUAUGAUCUUCGACAUGUAAAGAUUCCAUGGUGCACGUUAGCAGGACAUGAAAAGGCUGUAAGCUAUGUGAAGUUUUUGGAUUCCGAUUCCGUUGUUUCUGCAUCCAUUGAUAAUACAGUGAAGCUUUGGGACCUGAAAAAAACCAGUUUAGAGGGGAUUUCUACUGAUGCUUGCUGCAUGACCUACAAAGGUCACACUAACAAAAAGAACUUUGUUGGCUUAUCUGUUCUUGAUGGAUAUAUAGCAUGCGGUUCUGAAUCCAAUGAGGUUUAUGCCUAUCAUAAAAGUUUCCCAAUGCCAAUUACUUCCUACAAGUUCGGAACCACUGAUUCCAUUUCCGGUGGUAACAAUGGAGAGUUUGUUUCCAGUGUUUGCUGGAGGGAAAAAUCAAAUAUGAUUGUUGCUGCCAAUUCAGGUGGACAUAUAAAGAUCCGUUCCGCGGAGCUACCUCCGAGGAAUGAACUCAUUCCACGGAGGCAGCUCCGCGGAAUGGAUCUUCAGGAUUUUUUUCCCACAUCGAUUCUUCGGGGUUUAUACUCAUUUCGCAGAGCAAAAGUUUAUUCCUCGGAGCGCGUAACACAUACUUUCUGUCGGUAUGCAAAUCAACAACCGGAGAAAUCGCCGGAGAAUGAGAUGCAGUGGUACGUCGUCGCAUCGCUCCUCACAGUUCUCACCAGUUCUCAGGGAAUUUUGACUACAUUGUCACAGAGUAAUGGGGGAUACAAGUAUGACUAUGCAACUAUUCCUUUUCUUGCUGAAAUCUUCAAGCUUAUUGUAUCCAGCAUCUUCCUAUGGAGAGAGUGUAAGAAAUCACCUCCUCCUAGAAUGACAACAGAAUGGAAGAGUGUUCGUUUAUACCCAAUCCCCUCUAUUAUAUACCUCAUCCAUAAUAAUGUUCAAUUUGCAACCCUCACAUAUGUCGAUACAUCCACAUACCAAAUACUUGGAAAUUUGAAAAUUGUCACUACAGGAAUAUUAUUCAGGCUCUUCUUGAAGAGGAAGCUCUCCACAUUGCAGUGGAUGGCAAUAGUUUUAUUGGCUGUUGGAACAACCACAAGUCAGGUCAAAGGAUGUGGAGGAGCAUCUUGUGAGUCUCUCUUCUCAUCCCCAAUCCAAGGUUUAUACUGGCAGAAUGUUCAACUCUACACGUUUGGUGCAAUUUUUAACAUGGCAAGACUUUUUGCGGAUGAUUUUAGAGGAGGAUUUGAGAAAGGAGCAUGGUGGGAACGCCUCUUUAAUGGCUACACUAUUACAACAUGGUUGGUGGUGUUCAAUCUUGCUUCCACUGGUUUACUUGUCUCAUGGCUGAUGAAGUAUGCUGACAACAUUGUCAAGGUGUAUUCCACAUCAAUGGCUAUGCUACUCACAAUGCUUUUGUCUGUCUUCCUAUUUACUUUCAAACCAACAUUACAACUUCUUUUGGGUAUUAUUAUCUGCAUAAUGUCGUUACACAUGUAUUUUGCACCUCCAACCACACUUGUUGACUUGCCUCUGAAGUCAACGCCUGUUGAAGUUUCAGUAGAGCGAAGAACAGAUACAGAUUCUUGAUUCAUCUUCUUCUUCUUCAAAAUAGACAAUUAUUUGGUAUUUGGUAGGUUGAUGCUAUUUUUUUUUACUCAUUUGAACCAUAAAUAUUUUUCUAUUCCAUGAUGUAAUUGAUUUUUAGUACAAUAUUUGAUCCAAAAAGAAAAAGUACAACCCAUUUGAUUACUAUAUGGGGUAUGCAAAUAUAUGCAUGGAUUUGAUUUUAAAAACAUGUUGUAGAUUAAAGUUAUAUUAAAAAAAUGUAGAUGUGGAAAAUGUGUAAUUUUGUCUUAAGAUUUGUUAAACAUGAAACCAUGACCUUUUAAUUUCUCACAAGCUGUAAAAUAGAUCCUUUGAAAAAAAGAAUAUCUAUCAACGAAGUGUGUCCAACUUGUAAGUUUUAAAAGCAUC